GCAGUCACUGUUAAAAGCGCUAUUCAAUUCAACUUGGCUGUUGAGUACUCAAGUUCUUAAUUGCUGUCGUUCAUUAUUGAAGAAGCAUCCAUUAGCAAGAAGAGGAAUAAAGAUGUCUAAUCCAAUUCAAAAUAUACCUCAAGGUAUACCUCAAUACCAAAAUGUACCUCAAUAUAUACCUCAAGGUGCACUUCCCUAUGGCUAUCAUCCAAACCCCAUGUUAGGAUAUGCUACAAAUACCAUCGGUCAUAAUAUUCAGCCUAUCGAUGGAAGAAUUCACUAUGUAUCAUAUCACUACGAAAUGCCUCAAGAUACAUACUGCUGUGUCCAAAUCCCCACGCGCCCAGAAUAUUCUACACAUACAGUAUUUUGUCCAGUAGUCGACCUGCAUUUACAACAACAGUACCAAAUAAAUCGUUUUGAAGGUCUAGCUUGCGAUGGCCAAUUUACAGUCUACACGUAUCCAGGAUAUUCUACAAAUGUCAUAUAUGUUCCAAUCAUCAGAAACGCACAAAUCCCGCAUUUCCAAUAUCCGUACCAAGCAAAUAUUCCUGGAUCCUAUUAUAAUCUUCAAGCCCCAGUUCCAAUAUUUGCGGAAAAUAUUUCUUUCUCUACUAUGGAGAGUCCAAUGUAUACACAUCAAAGUGAGCAGCCGUCAGAAGAACUACAGAUGGAUGAUCCUCCUCAAGCCCCCGUUUCAGAAUUUCCGGAAGAUACUUCUUCCUCUACUAUAGAGAGCUCCAUGUUUACAUAUCAAUACACUGAGGAGAAGUUCUCCGUAAUUUCAAUAACUUCACUAACACAUUCAGAACAUGAUACUACUGACGAACAUAAAAAUGCAGUAGAAGAACUUAUGGCUCCGGAACCUUUCAACACCAGACCAAGUAAUUUAGAGUCUAAACAAGGAUACUCAGGUGCUCCUAUUAAUCUAAUAACAAAUUAUAUCACUUUGGAAUGUCCAACUGACGGUCAAUCUUUCUAUAAGUAUAAUGUAACUUUUAGACCGGAAAUAGAAAAUAUUGUAUCUCGUAAAACUAUCCUCAGGUUAAGGAAAGAAACAAUCAAGCCAUAUGUAUUCAAUGGAAAUGUUUUAUAUAGCACCAUUAAAUUAGAACAUGAUUGGGAGUUCGCGCUAACUAAAUAUAACAGUAAUGAGAUCGUCAGAGUUAAACUGUCUUAUGUUGGAGAAAUAGUCCCGAAAAAUCCGUUUAGUGUUAAAAUUUAUGAUAUGAUAAUAAAACAUUGCUUUAAACAUUUACAAAUGAUGCAGCUAGGCUAUUGUCACUUCAAUGUAAAAGAAGAGAAAAACAUAGAAAACACUCGGGAAAUAAUGUGGCCUGGUUAUAUCACAUCGGUUCAAAAACACGAGAACAAUAUUCUGAUACGUUGCGAAGUAAUGUAUAAAAUAUUGAGACAUCUACCGUUUAAUAAUUUUAAUCCUGCAUCGGAUUCUAUCGAUCGGAACAAGUACACCGAUAUUAUUGGAGCUUACGUAAUAACGCUCUAUACAGAAGAAGUAUAUUGUAUUGAAAAUGUCGAUUUUAAGAAGAAUCCUUCCUCGAUAAUGGCAUUUAAUAUGUCCUAUUUUGAUUAUUAUAAAAACACAUAUGAGAUUACCAUAAGAAAUCUAAAUCAACCACUGUUAUAUGCAAGACAAAAAUUAGGGGAACGAAGUACAGACAAAAAGUAUGUUUAUCUAGUCCCUGAAUUGUGUUGUACUAUAGGUGUAACCAAUAAUAUAAGACAGAAUAAAACACUAAUGAAAAAUUUUUCUAAGUAUUCUCGUAUGGACGCUAAGAAGCGACUAAAUGAAUACAUAAAAUUACAUCAAAUUCUUUAUUCAGAACAAGCAAUCAAAGAAGAACUUCGAGAAUGGAAUGUUGCGUUAGGUAAAGAAUUAGUCCAGUUUACAAGUCGUACAUUAUCUCCUAGAAAGCUUGUAUUUGGAGGAAACAAUAUUAUUUCUGCUAACAAGACUGGAGAUUGGACGGACAAUAUACUACAAAAGUUAUUACAUACGAAGAGAUUGGACAAUUGGAUAAUAAUAUGCCGUCAGCACCAUCAAAUAACGACCUUUGUACAGAAUUUGACGAAUGUAUGCAGUAAAUUAUCAAUUGGUGUUUCCACCCCACAGUGUCAUUAUACCGAUAAUACAAACCCGGAAGCGUAUAGUAACUUCCUGGAGGACAUUCUUGAGAGGAAUUCCCCUAAUUUAAUUUUCUGCAUAAUAAGCAAAUCCAAUGUUGGUCUAUAUCAAGCUAUUAAGCGGAAAUGUUGCUUAGACAGACCUGUACCAACACAAGUCUUUUUGGAAAAAAACUUAAUAUCCAGAAAGCUUGAUAGUAUUAUUACGAAAUUAGCAGUACAGAUAAAUUGUAAAUUGGGUGGAGCCCCUUGGCAUAUACAAUACGAGAGUGAGAAGAAAGAUGAAGACAAGACAAAAUUUAUGGCUAUUGGUUUUGAUACAUGUCUUGAUAAAGAUGAUAAGAAUAAUAAGGAGAAAAAAUUCUUGAUUAUGGUAGCAACUACAAAUCCAACACUGACACAGUUCUGCAGCUUUGUCACUGAGUAUCAUAAUGAAAAGGAAUUUUUAAGUGGAAUCGACGAUGGUAUAAGCAAGGCUUUGAAAAAAUACUAUGAAAUAGAGAAUGCUAUGCUAAACUACAUUAUAAUCUAUCGCAACGGUGUUGAUGAAAAAGAAAUUCAAAAUGUUUAUAAGAACGAAGUAAAAAAAUUGGAAGAAACGGUGAAAAACUAUAACAAGAAAAAUGGCAAGGAUAUAAAAAUAAUAUUUAUUAUUGUGACAAGAAGAAUUCGUACAAUAUUAUUCGAUAGGAACAAAGAAGGGAAUCCGCCAAUAGGUACAAUCGUCGACGAUGUUUUGACUAAUGUAUCUAAAUACGACUUCUUUCUUGUAUCACAACACGUUCAUGCAGGCACAAUUUCACCAACCUCAUACAAUAUAAUAUUAUUUGAUCCCGGUCUAACUGCAAAUGAUUUACAAAACUUUACCUAUAAUUUAACUUAUAUGUAUUUCAAUAGUUUCAAUACCGUACGUAUACCAGCGGUUCUGCAGUAUACACAGAAGUUAUCGCAAUUAGUGGUACGAUAUCUUCAUUCACCUCCAAAAGAAGAAUUAAGUGAUGAACUCUUCUUUUUUAUCAUUAAAGCCACUAGCAAAAUAGCUAAUACAGAAGCAUGCAAGCAAUCCAAUAGGAAAAAACAUCAUACGCCAGUGGUUUAA